GACAGUGGUAUGUCAUCAGAAGAAAAUGAUGACUCUUUUAACGCGAGUGUUUACAAUAAUAAUAAUUUAAAUAUCACUAAUAAUAUCGAUGGAGUAAUAAAGAAGUGCCUAACGAACGAAUCUCAUAGUGCUAUGCAUUGGAAUGAAAUUCCUUGUUGUUCAAAAGAUGUGAUUAAUAGUAAUGUUAGGGAAGACGUGUACAGGUUGAAGUCCACUGAUAUAUUGAAUGAUAAUAAAAUAAUUAAUUCUGAAUUUAUAGUUAUAGAUUUGACAUGUGAUGUCGAUGAUGUGCGUGAAUCUAAGUUCGGUCAGGAAGUGAUAGGUACAAAUGUGUUUAACGUCGAUUGUGAUAAUGCAAGCAUUCUUAGUGUAGAGUCGAGUCGGAGUUUAGUUCCUGUCGUCAAAAACGAAAUAGUCGUAUCGGAGAAUCAGAAGUUGGUGAGCCUUUCCCUCUCUAUACUUCUGGCGGCGAUAUUACAAGCGAUGAGAUGCUUCGCCCAGUUUCUGGAGGACAUAGUUGUACCACAGCGGCAAUAAUACAUGUAAUCUAUACUAUAUUUUUCGGUACGAUAUUCCCUAGUUAUAAUGUAUUACAAAAUGUUAACAAUAUA